AUGGAGGCAAAGCCCAUAAGUGACGAUGCUGCACGCAACGUCCACAACUCCUUGAUCAACGCUUCCAAAACAGGGAACAGAGUCCAGAAGAUAUCUCGCCGCAUUUUAGACAUUAUUUUCGAGUAUGCUCUUAACAAGUUCGAUGAUUCAAAAGAACGCCUAGAGAGAGGCGUAGACAAUUUCAUGUCAAUUAUAGAGAAAUUCGUCGAAACGGAGACUCGAAUACAGACAUGUCUGCCGGCAUUCCCAUUCAAAUCCGCAAAUAAGGUUUACAAAGUCCUAGGCAGCUUGCCUGAUAAGGCUGAAGAGCUAGCACUGGAAAGACUGAAUACAAUGUGUGUGCGUAUACAGGAGGUAUACGCACCUGGUGCUGAAGUUACCAUUAUAUCAGAUGGCAUUACAUACAACGACCUGCUCUGUAUAUCUGAUCAAGAUACGUGGGCUUAUGGAGAGGCUCUACGCCAUAUGGCUACCGAAAAGAAGUUCAACUACGUCAACUUUGCUCGAAUGAAAGACCUGCUCGACUUUCCCGUGCCUGAAAAGAUGACUGAGAUCAUCUACGUUGCGAACUGUACCACUUUCCGCCGCUUGCUUCUUAAUCAGCAUGGCCGGCCCGACCUAGAUAUCGACCACGAGAUUGCCACAAAUCCCGACACAAAAUUGACAUACCUCGGAUACAAAAGAUUCUUGGAGUCAGAUUUAAAGCAUAUAUUUCCUCGAGGAGUAAAUCGAACUGCCAACGAAUAUAAGAGAGAUUGCAAAUUUCUUGCUAAACAGAUGUUACUUCGAGGAGAUGCAUUUACGCGCGCAAUAAAAAACGCCUUUCCCAAUCACUUGCGACUCUCAAUCCACGAAUCAGUGGGUGUAGACAAGCUUUGGAUAUGUUUGCUCAACACCAAAACAGGUUACACGACCCCCUGGCAUUGCAGCGUCGCCAAACUAGCCGAUGGAGAGUGGAUUAGCGCUCCGAUGGCCGAAUUCAGCAAAGAUGACAGACUGGAGCUCAUUUAUGAAGCCGGUAGGCCUAGUUAUUUCAAGGAGAAGCCGUUGCAGCGUGGUGGACUCAAUAUUGGCGAGACAUCAGCAAGCUACCUCCAAGAAGCUAGACCACGAAACGCCAUCGAAUACUUUAGCGAAGCGUCAACACCUACUCUGGUUUCUCCCAGUGCCGCCUCAUGCAGUAACUCUCCGGUGUUUUCGCCUCGUGCCAAUAUGCUCAGCAGCGUAGGUUUUGCUUCAGAAACUUCCUCGCCCCUAAGCUUCACAUCAAGCUUCCAGGAAGUUGCUAUAGAGGAUGGGUCUAACAUUGUCCUGUUACCGGGAGAUCUCGAACCUGCUCAAAUACCAUAUGGGAGAAGACUUCUACCUCAAAUUAUAGACAAGGUAGCAGUUGUUGAGCCAGAACGUAUUGUUUUCUCCUUGGCAACGCUCUCCGGCGAUACACUCAAUUUUGACCGCAUAUCUGCUCGCAUUUUCAGCAAGGCCGUCGAUAAAACUGCUUGGUGGCUUAACAGCCUUGUUGGCAAGCCUGAUUCGGUUCAACCAGUUGGAUAUAUCGGCCCUCAUGAUUUGCGAUACGUUUUGUUGGCAUACGCCUGUGUCAAGGUUGGAUAUGCUGCGUUGUUCCUAUCGCCAAAAAAUAACCUCGAGGGGGCGCUUGCCGUCCUUGAAUCAGUUAACUGCAAUAUUUGGGUUAAUGCUGCAGAUGUGCCGCCGGUUUCUUUAGUCAAUGAAAUCCUUGAGAAACGCCGCUUGAACCUUCUGCAGUUGCCCGAGAUCAAAGAGUUGCUGAGCAUUGACACUGUCAAGCCUUUUCCGUACACCAAAACAUUUGAGGAAGCCAUGAACGACCCCUUCUGCUAUCUUCAUACUUCUGGGUCAACGGGAGUGCCGAAGCCUAUCCCUUGGUCUCACAGCUUGAUUGGUACCAUGGACGCAGUGCGAUUGCUACCCCCUGCCAAAGGCUACGACGAUUUGCUUCCGUGGACAUCGGACUGGAAGCCACGCGAUACGAUAUAUUCAUCAUUUCCAAUGAGUCAUGGAGCCGGUAUUAUCAUGGAUAUCCUGAUGCCCGCUCUUUUCGAUUUGCACUGUAUCUUAGGACCUAGGGGUGUUCUUCCCAACAUCAACCUUGUGGAAACACUCGCAGAGAAUGCCAAGAUUGACAUUUGGAGCAUGGUACCGUCUCUUGUGGACGAGCUGGGAGAAACACCUGAAGUCCUUUCCAAGUUGAGCGGGUCCAAAUUUAUAUGUGCCUCUGGCGGCCCCAUCAGCCCCAUCAGCGCUGGAAAAGUAAAUGAUACCAUCAGAGUGUUGAACCUAACGGGCACCACGGAGGGUCUAUUUAUUGGCAACCUCAUCACAUCGAGAGAAGACUGGUUCUGGUUCUGCUUCCACCCGUAUUCUGGUUUCGAAUUCAAAGAAAUCGAAGAGAACACAUACGAGCAUUGGGUGCAUCGAAACGAACAUUGGCCUCUAUUCCAGGGCAUAUUUCACACUUUCCCAAAGAAGGAGUCGAUCAACUUUAAGGAUUUAUAUGUGAGACACCCAACGAAACCAUAUCUGUGGUCUUUUACAGGGCGAAGCGAUGAUCUUGUCGUCUUGUCCAAUGGGUAUAAGAUAACGCCCUUGGAAACAGAAGCUUUAAUCGCCACACAUCCUGCCAUUGAGAGUUGUCUUAUUUUCGGAACUGGGAAACCUCAAGCAGGUCUACUAAUCGAGUUAAAAGACCCGUCGAAUAAACCUGACGACCUCAUCGAUAGCAUCUGGGAAGUCGUGAAGAAGGCCAACUCCGUCUCCCGACACAAAGACCAACUUCUUAGGGAUUUUGUCACCUUUUCAGAACCCAACAAGCCUUUCAUUCGUACAGAUAAGGGUACUGUAAAGAGAUCUGCUACACUCGCACUCUACGCCGACUUUGUUGAGCGUUUUUACAGCUCUCGCAAUGACGAUAUUUGCUAUGGUUACCCCUUCGAUAUGGAUUCGGCUGAGUCAGUUCAGAGCGGCAUUCGUGAAAUCCUCGCUUCUUCGCUCCCUAUGAUCCGAACAGCAUCACCAGAUACGAAUUUAUUUGAUCUUGGACUGGACUCUCUCGGCGUUUUUGCAGCAAUCAGAGCAAUCAGAGCAGCUACGGGGUUGGGUGAACAGAUUGCUCCUCGUCACGUCUAUGCCAAUUCAAGUAUUGGCAGUCUUGCCUCAGCUAUUUUACGUCUGGUAGCUCAAGAGAAGAUGGAGAUCGAAGCAAGCAGGCUAGAAAAGCCUAUGGAAAGUGAUAUAGCUCAGCUAAAGGCUACAAUUGCCAAACACAAGGCGCGACAAUCAUUUCGACUGAAUGCCUUUGACUAUGUCAAUCCUAACCACGGCAUGGGUUUGGUCUUCUAUUUCUCUCUACAUCAAGGUGUUGGUUACGACCAAGUCUUCGCCAACCUACAAGAAGGCCUCAAUCGUACAUUCGACUUGAUUCCAGCCCUGAGUGGCAAAAUUAUGAACUCUUCUGAGCAAGACAUUGGUUAUACUAGAGGAAACCUCUGUGUUACUAUCCCGCCCGAUUCUAUGGCAGCCUCUGUACGAAAUCGUCUAGUCUACAAGGAUCUCUCCAAUACUCUCCCGCCGUUUGACGAGCUCCGAGAUGCGGGCUUCCCACCGUCUGCUUUUAAAGACGGCCUUGUCUUACGAGACGAUCCAUUCCCGAAGAUGCCCGCCGAUAUUUUUGUCGGCCAGGCUAACUUUGUCUCUGGCGGUUGCAUUCUAGCAGUUGACUUGAAUCAUUGUUGCCUUGAUGGCGUUGGAGCCAUGAUUGCUAUUAAGGCUUGGGCCGAAAAUUGUAGAUAUUUGCAAGGCAACGACGCAGCAACAUGUCAAUGGUAUGACCCCGAAAGCUUCAACCACAGCUUACCGGAGAUCAUUCACGAACAAGAGGGAUGGGAUCGACCACUUCGUGAAAUUGAUCCACGUACAUGGGGGUAUCUACCAUUCUUCCCUCCAGACGAUGAUGAAACCCAGACUGGUGGUAUCUUGGCUACAAACGAGGCGGCGAAAACGGUCAAAGAGGAGAACUUACUUUCCACGCAAGGUUCAAAAGAAAGAGCUCACUUGCCUCAGCUCAACUUCACUCUCCAUCCUAUUUGGCCAUUACCACGCGCUGAGAGAAGCUUGAACACGACUUUAUUUUUAAUUUCGCCGGAAAAAUUGGAAGAGUUGAAGCAAGACAGCGCCCCUGAUGCCAAGGCUAAGGGGGUGACAUGCUCUAUCAGCGACAUUGUGCAAGCGUUCUUCUGGCGCAGUGCCAUCAAGGCGCGGUAUCGCGUGGCUAAAGAAAUCCGCAAAGAGACCUUUGGGGCUGACGACAUAUCCAUUCUUGAGUUACCUACUGAUGGUCGCCCGUAUUUUUCCUCUUUGUUGCCUUCAACAUACACGGGCAGCUUGCUCAUCUUGAAUCGGUCCAGUAUGUCAGUCGAGACACUCUGUUCUCCGGAGACCAGCAUAGGGGAUGUUGCGUACUUGCUUCGUCAAUCUGCUAGGAGCAUUACACCCUCGAUCGUUCAUGAUGCAUUUUCAAUUUUGCAAUCACUCCCAGACCACACCAGGUUCUCAACAGCCAAUAUGGGACUUGAACAUAUGCAUGCUAUGAUUUCCAACAUGAUGCUAUUCCAAACCAGUGAGAUAUGCUUUGGAGACCAAUUCUUCGCCAACGGAGGUUCCCCGGAGUCUAUGCGGCCACAGCUUGAGCGUGGAAAUGGACGGUUUAGAUUCUUGGUCAUCUUUCCGAUGACAAAGGAUGGAGGCGUGGAGUUGGUCAUGGGUACUCACCCUGAAGAGCUGGAAAUGCUGAUGGACGAUGAGGAGUUUACAAAGUAUGCAACCCCUGUCGGCACCGGCCAUUAA